AUGGCCUCGAACUGGAGGAAGAAGGGGUCGGUGGAGGCCGCGGUGGAGGAAUCGAAGGGGAGGAGGGGGAACUCCAGCGGCCGUAUGCCGGCGGAGGAGGCGACUAAGUCGGCGACAUGGCGGGCCUCGGCGCCGGAGAUCACCGGCGUGGGCGUGAUGAAAGUGACGCCACAGCCGCGCGAGGCCAGUUCGGCGGCGAGGCGGAUGAACGGGAUGAGGUGGCCCAUGCCGGAGCUCGGUAGCAGGGCCACUUGGGGAGCUGCCGCCACCUCGCCGGAGACCACUACCGCCGCCGGCCGAGACAUGGAUCCGAAUUCGGAGACUGGAAGGUAG